AUCAAAAGAUAAGUUAAAAACAAUCUAGUACUAGUACUAGUCAGCACUCUUCUGAAUCUAACAAAAAAAUGGAAACUAUAGGAGUACUAAUGGUAUGUCCAAUGUCAUCAUACUUAGAACAACAACUCGAAAAGCGAUUCACCCUCUUACGUUACUGGAACUUCUCCGACAAGAAACAAUUCAUCAACGACUACGCGCAUUCCAUAAGCGCUGUUGUUGGCAAUGCUGCGGCUGGUGCUGAUGCAGAACUUAUCGAGGCCUUACCCGAGCUAGAAAUUGUGGCUAGUUUUAGUGUUGGUUUAGAUAAGAUUGACUUGAACAAGUGUAAAGAGAAAGGUAUUAGAGUGACUAAUACACCUGAUGUGUUGACUGAUGAUGUUGCUGAUCUUGCUAUUGGAUUAAUGUUGGCUGUGCUUAGGAGGAUUUGCGAAUGUGAUCGCUAUGUUAAGAAGGGGUUGUGGAAGGCUGGUGAUUUCACGUUGACUUCUAAGUUUAGUGGUAAAACAGUUGGUAUCAUAGGAUUAGGCAGGAUUGGCUUAGCAAUUGCAAAGAGAGCAGAAGCUUUCAACUGUCCAAUCAGUUACUACGCACGAUCAGAAAAGCCAAAUACAAAUUACAAAUACUAUCCAACUGUAGUUGAGUUGGCUACCAACUGCGAGAUCCUGGUCGUGGCGUGUGCACUAACCCCCGAGACUCGUUACAUUGUCAAUCGAGAAGUCAUUGAUGCAUUAGGUGCAAAAGGGAUUCUUAUCAAUAUUGGAAGAGGUCCUCAUGUUGAUGAAAAAGAGAUGGUAUCUGCUCUUCUUAAUGGUCGAUUACGGGGCGCUGGCCUUGAUGUGUUUGAGAAUGAACCUGAAGUACCUGACAAGUUGUUUGGCCUUGAGAAUGUCGUCCUGUUGCCUCAUGUAGCCAGUGGCACAGAGGAAACACGCGGGGAAAUGGCUGACAUUGUUAUUGGCAACUUAGAAGCUCACUUUCAGAACAAACCACUGUUAACUCCAGUGGUUUAGUAGUAAUGUAACUAAGAUUUUGCUUGCCAUGAUUGUCUUGAUGGUUACAAAUUGAUGUAAAUUUUGGUUCCCUUUAUGAAUAAUUCUUGUUUCUUUCUAGACA